AUGCGCCACUCAAUAUCCGCCCUCGAGUUGUCGUCUGGUCUUCCCGGGCAGCCUGGAAAGCCAACACCCUCACCUCUUGUCGGCGCCUCUGGUCCACAUUCUCAGACCUCUAAGCUCGGGGUCAGCAGUCCAACAUCUUCUCCAGGUAAUGUCACCGCUGCCACAUUGUCACUCAGCAAUGCAGUUCGUUCACCUCUUUCCCAUUCUGUUGUUGGGAACAGCCAAGAUCAGCUGCCACUCUCUUCACCCGGCAACCUUUUCAUCACAGGCAACGAGGCCACCCGACGUCGCGUACGGGCGCAGGAGUCCAAUAUGAUGGCUCCUGUGUCUUUCUAG